UUGGCCGCCAAAAAAGUAGCAUCUACAUAGUACAGGCGCAGUUGAGUGUAUUGAAAUCCAAAUCAUAAUACACAUGAUUUUAUAGUGAAAUAUUCGAAGCAAUCUCAUCGACAAGAUGUUUAUCUUGACGAAGAUAGCCGAUCUAGUCCAGAUCAGACCGGACCAAUUUGAAAAGCCCAGCCAUAUUGCUAUCGAAGACGCCAUCAACUCCAAGUAUUCAAACCGAGUAAUUCAAAAGAUCGGGCUCUGCAUCUGCAUGUAUGACCUGUUAUGGGCUUCAGAGGGUCUCAUCGGUCAUGGGGACGGGAUGGUGAAUGUUAAUGUCGAGUUUCGUGUGAUUGUGUUUAGACCUUUCAAGGGUGAGGUCAUGUUUGGGAGGAUCACCGAAGCCGAUGAAACUGGUAUCACAAUUCGUACCGAUUUCUUCGAAGAUAUCUUCGUCCCGUUCAAGGAGCUACCCGAGAACACCCUAUACAACCAAAAUGAGAAGGCAUGGACGUGGGUCUUCGAUCCUGAAAGUGAUCCGAUGUAUUACGACAAUAACGAGAUGGUCCGAUUUCAGGUACUGGAUGAGUCAUGGCAUGAUCAGAGACCGGAUAACUCGGAUCAAGAAACCAUAGACAAGGCGAAGAAGUCAUCCCCUUACCACAUCGACGGGUCCAUGAUGAAAGAGGGGCUCGGAGUUUGUCUUUGGUGGGAAUAAUCAUGGGUGCAUCUAUUUGAUAGACUGUACCUAUUUGGCACGGGACGGCGUUUUGGUUGGAAAAGCUAUUUGCAUUGAGGUCUAGCUGAUUAAGCUACCUACUACCCAGUCCUGUUUAUUUAGACUUGAUACCCUCGAGCAAUCGAUCCUCUACGUCAUCCAAAAUCGAGU